AUGUGUGCUGAUUCUUUGAAACUGAUUCCGAUUGAAAAGUGGGAGGAAAUAAAAUCAGCUUUCAAAUGUGACUUGCCCAGGAGUUUGACUGUAAUAGGUGCUUUAGAAACUCAAGAAUACAUCUAUAAGCUUUACCUUGAUUACGGCUUUAAAGUUUUCUGUCCCUUUGGAGAUGUUAACAAUGGAAUAGUUGCACUUAAUGUUAAGAGUACAUAUUACGAAGUUAUAAUUGAAAGCCCAAAGGACGACACCACAGUACUCUGUGAAGCUUUAAGACAAACAAAAUUCAUUGAUUGGACCAAAAAUAUAGAAGUACCGUUCUCGCCAGCACAUAUAAUGGCUUGUGUAAAAAAAAAUAUUAAUGAGAAGAAUUUGAAGAUAGAUCAUAUAAAAAUGAUAGAAACCUUUUUGUUAGAUACAAAAUCGCCUCUUUUUAAUGUCAGG